GCUCCACCACCUGCCUCUCACCCUCAUCCCUGCUCGCCCUCCCGCUCCGCCGCGCCCCGUGCGCGCCCCGCCGCCGCCAUGCGCAUCGAGGAGCUCAUCAUCGAUGGCUUCAAGAGCUACCCGGUCCGCACGCACGUGUCCGGCUUCGACCCGAGCUUCAACGCCAUCACCGGCCUCAACGGCAGCGGCAAGAGCAACAUUCUCGACUCGAUCUGCUUUGUGCUCGGCAUCACGAACCUCAGCGCAGUGCGCGCGACGAACCUGCAGGACCUCAUCUACAAGCGCGGCCAGGCCGGCGUCACCAAGGCGUCGGUGACGAUCGUGUUCGACAACAGCGACCGCGCCAAGUCGCCCGUCUCGUUUGAGAACUAUGCGCAGAUCACCGUCACGCGCCAGAUCGCCAUGGGCGGCCUGAGCAAGUACCUCAUCAACGGCCACAAGGCCACACAGCAGGCCGUGCAGAACAUGUUCCAGUCCGUGCAGCUCAACAUCAACAACCCCAACUUUCUCAUCAUGCAGGGCCGCAUCACAAAGGUGCUCAACAUGAAGCCGCCCGAGAUCCUGAGCAUGAUGGAGGAGGCUGCGGGCACGCGCAUGUUUGAGGACCGCAAGGAGAAGGCCAUCAAGACGAUGCAGAAAAAGGACCAGAAGGUCAAGGAGAUCUCCGCGCUGCUUGAGGAGGAGAUCACGCCGAAGCUCGACAAGCUGCGCGAGGAGAAGCGCUCGUUCCUCGAGUACCAGCGCGCCACGUCCGAGCUCGAGCGCCUCACGCGCCUGGCCAAGGCGCACGAGUGGCAGACGCUGCACGCGCGCUACGACGAGAAGCGCGCCGCGCUCAAGGCGCGCAAGGGCGAGAUGCGGGCGCAGGAGGAGGGCGCCGAGGCGCUCAAGCGCCAGAUCGCCGGCAUCGACAAGGAGCUGGCGCAGAUCGAGAGGCGCCGCGACCAGGAGCUGGCCAAGGGCGGCAAGCUGCAGGCGCUCGUCGAGAAGUCGAAGCAGAUGGCACACGACGUCGUCAAGGAGCAGUCGCACGUCGACUUCAAGGUCACGUCGCUCGACGAGGAGAGCAAGAAGGUGCUCGCAGACGACGAGUCGCUGGCCGCGCUGCGGGCGGCGCGCGACGAGAAGCAGCAGGAGCUUGCAGAGCUGUCGACCUCGUUCGGCGCGCUCAAGGCAACGUACGACGAGGAGGUCGCGCAGCUGAACCGCCAAGACGAGCUGCUGCAGACGCUGCAGACGGGCAUGGGCUCGAAGGCCUCGGGCUCGGACGGCGCGCAGCAGGGCGGCUUCAUGGGCCAGCUGGCCGAGGUGCGCGCGCAGGAGGCCGCGCUGGGCACCGAGGUGGAGCAGGCCAAGCUGCGGAUCACUCAUGCGCAGAAGGAGUGCAAGACCAAAGAGCCGCUGGCGAAGAAGGCCGAGCGCGAGAGCGCUGGCCUCGUCAAGGAGCUUGCUGCCUCGCGCGCAGCCGCCGCCGCGCUCGAGGCCAAGGUCAGCAGCACGGGCUGGGACGAGCAGAAGGAGAAGGAGCUGCUCGCCGCCAGGGCAUCGCUCAGCUCCAAGGUGUCGCAGCUGUACGAGAGCCGCGACCGCAUCAAGUCGCGCCUUGCCGGCAUGGACUUUUCCUACUCCGACCCCGAGCCGAACUUCGACCGGUCCAGCGUCAAGGGCCUCAUCGCGAGCCUCGUGAGCCUUGACGAGGACAAGCACAAGUACGCCACCGCGCUCGAGAUCUGCGCCGGUGGGCGGCUAUACAACGUCGUGGUGGACAACGAGGCCGUCGGCUCGAAGCUGCUGGCCAACGGCCGGCUAAAGAAGCGCGUGACGCUCAUCCCGCUCAACAAGAUCAGCGCCACCGUCGCGGCGGCCCAGCGCAUCGGCGCUGCUGAGAAGAUUGCGCCGGGCAAGGUCAACCUGGCGCUGACGCUCAUCGGCUACGAGGACGAGGUCUCGGCGGCGAUGGCGUACGUGUUCGGCAACACGCUUAUCUGCUCUGACUCGGAGACGGCCAAGCGUGUUACGUUUGACAACGCCGUCAAGAUGAAGAGCGUGACGCUCGACGGCGACGUGUACGACCCGCAGGGCACGUUGUCGGGCGGCAGCAAGCCGAGCACUGGCGGCGUGCUCGUCAAGAUGCAGGAGCUCAACAACGUCGAGCGCGAGCUGGCCAGCGCGCGCAAGGAGCUCGCCAGCGUCGAGGCGCAGAUGAAGGCUGCCAACGAGCAGAUGGCGGCCUUCUCCAAGCUGCGGCGAGAGCUUGACCUCAAGCGACACGAGGUGACGCUGGUCGAGGCGCAGGUGCAGGGCAGCAACGCCACGCGGAUCAUCGCCGAGGUCGAGGCGCACCGUGCCACGAUCACCGAGCUCACAGCCACGAUUGCCGACUGCAAAGAGCGGCAAAAGGCAGCGUCCGCCGAGGCGAAGCGGCUCGAGAAGGAGAUGGCCGAGUUCGAGAACAACAAGGACUCGAAGCUCGAGCAGCUCAAGGCCGACGUCAAGAAGCGACGGGCUGCAGUGCAGAAGAGUAGCACGACGAUAAAGACCCGGCAGAACGAGGUGCGGACGCUGGAGCUCGAGCUCGAGCAGUACGCGGCCGAAGUGCUGGCGGCCGAGAGCACGCUUGCCGAGAGCCGGGCGCAGGAGAAGAAGAGCCGCGCCGAGCUGGCCGAGAUGCAGCGGGCGAUGAAGAAGCUGCAGGCCGAUGCGGACGCGCUCGAGACGAAGCUCAGCGCCGAGCGCAGCAUGCUGACGGCGUACGACGAGGAGCUCGACAGUCUGCGCGAGGCAGUCAAGACGAAGCGGCAGGAGAUCGCCGACUCGGAGCUGGCGGUCAAGCAGCUGGUGCACGACGCCGACAAGCUGCAGCAGGAGGUGGCGGCCGUCGAGAAGGGCGUCAAGCAGCUCGAGGCGCAGUUUGAGUGGAUCCUCGACGAGAGCAGCUACUUCGGGCAGGAGGGCACGGCGUACGACUUUGCCAAGCACAACAUGAACGAGGUGCGGCGCUCGUGCAAGAAGCUCGAGGAGCAGCAGAGCGGCAUGAAGAAGAAGGUCAACCCCAAGGUGCUCAACAUGAUCGACAGCGUCGAGAAGAAGGAGACCGAGCUCAAGACGAUGAUGUCGACGGUGCUCAAGGACAAGGGCAAGAUCGAGGACACGAUUGCCGAGCUGGACCGCUACAAGAAGGACGCGCUGCAGACGACGUGGGAGAAGGUCAACGGCGACUUUGGCGCCAUCUUCAACGAGCUGCUGCCCGGCAACUACGCCAAGCUGCAGCCGCCCGAGGGGCAGGAGAUCACGCAGGGCCUCGAGGUCAAGGUGCGCCUCGGCAGCGUGUGGAAGGCCAGUCUGACGGAGCUCAGUGGUGGCCAACGCUCGCUCAUCGCGCUCAGCCUCAUCAUGUCGCUGCUGCAGUUCAAGCCGGCGCCGAUGUACAUCCUCGACGAGAUCGACGCCGCGCUCGACCUCUCGCACACGCAGCACAUCGGCCAGCUGUUCAAGAGCCGCUUCCAUGGCUCGCAGUUCAUCGUCGUCUCGCUCAAGGAGGGCCUCUUCACCAAUGCCAACGUGCUCUUCCGUGCGCGCUUCCGCGACGGCACGAGUAUCGUCGAGCGGACCGGACAGCGGCACAUCGCAGGCUCCGGCGACAAGGAGAACGCUGCUUCGACUGGCCCGGCGCGCAAGGGUCUCUCGAAGGCGUCCGCCGCCGGCCGGAGCCGGACCGUCGCUGCCUGACCUCGUCCCCUUUCCGCUCUCAGUGCUCACGCUCGCCUCUGUUGUACUCUACUGACUGUAACACUAUGCUCUGGAUCACACAAAUGCGC